AUGGCCAUUGCAUGGGUGCUGGUGCUAGUGACUGCAGGCCUGAGCUUGGCCAGAGCAGGCCCUGUCCCCACUUCCAAGCCCACCACAGCCUGGAGGGGCUGUGACAUUGGCAGGUUCAAAUCUCUGUCACCAAGGGAGCUGGAGGCUUUCAAGAAGGCCAAGGAUGCUUUGGAAUAUUCACUAAAAAACUGGAGUUGCAACUCCCGCCUCUUCCCUAGAAACCGGGACCUGAGACAGCUACAGGUAUGGGAGCGCCCUGUGGCCUUGGAGGCUGAGCUGGCCUUGACACUGAAGGUCCUGGAGACCAUGGCUGACAGGUCCUUGGGGGACAUCCUGGACCAGCCCCUUCACACGCUGCGCCACAUCCACUCCGAGCUCCAGGCCUGUGUGAGUGCUCAGCCCACAUCAGGUCCCCGGCCCCGAGGCCGCCUCCACCCCUGGCUGCAUCGGCUCCAUGAGGCCUCAAAGAAGGAGUCUCAAGACUGCCUCGAAGCCUCUGUCCUCUUCAACCUCUUCCGCCUCCUCAAAAAGGACCUGGAAUGUGUCGCCGUUGGAGACCUGUGUGUCUAA